UAUGUAGGGUUUGUAUUAUUAGGCCACGAUGCUCAUCGACAUGUAUAAAAUUCCUGGAUUGAUGUCAAGGUCAGAUUUCAUUUGUCUCAAGGUAGCUGAUGACAAGAGCUGAAGACAUUUCAUCCUCUGAUCAGGAGGUACUAUCUAGGCUUUCACCCGGCUCUAUAUUGUUGUGGAGAGCGCGCGUGUUUAGCAGAUAUAGUGUCGCCUGUGAUGAUCGAACAAGUGAGUUCAAAGCUUUUGCAACCAAUCUACAAUGAUGAUCAGCCAAUUUCAACCACAAUGCACGCCCCUCUUACUAUCUUUGAUAGGCUUGCAUACGACCAAUAUGUAUCUUCACUAUAUGCUUAUAAACCACCAAAUCCAUCAAACACAGUGUUAGAACGAGGACUUCAGAAGGCGUUAUCGGAGUACCGAGAAUGGGCUGGUAGGUUCGGUGAAGAUAAUGACGGUCAAGCUGUAAUCAAUGAUGAAGGUUUGAGGUUCAUUGAAGCAUCAGCAGACUGCACUCUUGAUCAGGCUAUGCCUUUUACAGUUCCCACAUUUCUAAAGCUUAGCCUACUCUCUGAAGGACUGAAGGAAUUGGUUCUAGUUCAGGUCACAAGAUUCACUUGUGGUUCAUUAGUUUUGAGCUUCUCGUCCAACCACAUUGUGGCUGAUGGUCUACCUAUGAGCAAGUUCAUGACUGCUUGGGCUCAAGCUUGUCGUGGAAUCGAGAUCCACCCUCGUCCUCUGCAUGACAGGAACAUGUUUGUUCCUCGAAACCCAUCUAUUAUCAAAUUCGAUCAUACAAAUUUUGAGACGACAAAAAGGAAGCUCAGUAAUGAUUCAAUGAUGCCUCAUUACACAAAAGAUGAUUUGAUACACCAAGUUCUUCACUUCACAUCGGAGUUUAUAGCCAACCUCAAGAGCAAGGCUUCAUCACUAGCUUUUCCAGAUGACAAUGGUGGUGGCCUCACGCUAGCCUAUAGCACCUUUGAGUGCUUGGUUGCUCAUUUAUGGAGGGUGAUUACAAGGGUUCGGUUGCUCAUUUAUGGAGGGUGAUUACAAGGGUUCGAGGACUUCCUGAUUCUCAGAAGACAUGUGAAGAUCUCGGUGAACGGGAGGAGAAGGUUGAGCCCUCACGUUCCUGAUGAGUACAUCAGCAAUUUGGUACUCUGGGCAUACCCUGAAACCAAAGGGAAGAACCUUUUGGAUGAAUGUUUGAGCCGAACAACAGAGUUGAUACAUGAAGCAGUGGCGAAGGUGAAUGAUGAGUACUUCAAAUCUUUUAUAGACUUUGCAAACGAAAAUCUGCACAACGAUGGUCUGAUGCCACUGAAAACUGACCACAUGACAGUGCCAUCCUUAUGGCCCAAUGUGGAAGUCCAAAGCUGGCUUGGCUUUCCAUUCAAUGAUUUGGAUUUCGGCACGGGCAAGCCUUUCACUAUAAUGCCUUCAUUUGAUCCUUGGGAGGGUCAAAUAUACCUGAUUCGUUCCGUUACAGGUGAUGGAAGCGUAGAUGUGCACCUGACUUUGUUCCAGCAACAGCUAGCCCUCUUCGAGGAAAUUUGUUACAACAUCGACUAAAUACCCAUGUUUUCCUUGUGUUUUCUUAGUUGUUGUAUUGCAUCUCAGAAAUAUGUGUGUUCUGAGAUAUCAAUUAUGAGAAAUAAAUUCAGGGACUUACAGUUAGAGAAUCUGAAGACAUAUAAAAUCCAUGCCCAAGAGAGACCCAAGUCCUAAUAUAUUAGGGCAUGGAAAUGUCUUGUCUUGUGAGAAGACUCCUAGUCCUACUGUAAGUGAGAGUUAAG